AUGGUUUUCUAUCCUCCCGCGUCGGUUCCGCCGCUGCCUCCGGUCCCUGACGAUGUAGCGAUCUGCGACUUCAUGCUCGACGAGCGCCAUGGUCGAUAUCCCCUGGGCUACUCGCGCGACCCGUUCACCUGCGGUCUCUCCGGGAAGAGCUACUCUUUCCUCGAGGUCGUCGAGCGGGUUGACUUUCUCUCCCGUGCUCUCGCAAAGGAAUUUGGCUGGCAGCCCAACCGCGGCACGGAAUGGGAUAAGGUCGCAGGUGUCUUUAGUCUUAAUACCAUUGAUACCAUACCGCUGUUCUGGGCAAUUCAUAAGCUGUCCGGCGUUGUUUCUCCCGCGAAUGCUGCCUACUCAGCCGCCGAAUUAACUCACCAGCUGGUUGAUUCAAAGGCUCAGGCGCUUUUUACGUGCUUGCCGCUCCUUCAGACAGCGCUGGAGGCAGCAGGCAAAGCAGGCAUCUCUAGAAACCGCAUUUAUCUCUUGGAUCUGCCAGCUCAAAUCCUGGGGGGUGCAAAGGCGCCAGCAGAAUUCAAGACUGUGGACCAACUCAUCGAGGAGGGCAAGUCACUGCCCAAGCUGGAGAAGCUGAAAUGGGCUCCUGGACAAGGGGCGCGCACGACAGCCUUCCUCUGCUAUUCCAGUGGCACGUCAGGCUUACCGAUUAGCACAUACGAAAGCAAAUAUCGCGAAACUCUCAAAUCACCGGCCGAGCAAACCCCGUAUUUGGACAUCACAUUAGGUCUCCUGCCGCAGAGCCAUAUCUACGCGCUGGUGGUCGUCUGUCAUGCAGGCCCUUACCGAGGCGAUCAGGUGAUCAUUCUACCCAAGUUUGAGAUCAACUCGUUCUUGAAUGCCAUUGAAAGAUUCCGGAUCGCAUGUCUCUUCUUGGUACCACCUAUUAUCAUUACAAUGCUGCGCAACAAGGAACUUUGCAGUAAAUAUGACCUGGGAAGUGUUCGUUGGAUCUUCACGGGCGCUGCUCCACUAGGAGCGGAGACAGCUGCCGAGCUGCAGAAGCAGUAUCCGACUUGGGCAGUUAGACAAGGUUAUGGUAUGACGGAGACGGCUACUGUCGUCUGCUCAACAGCAGUGGAUGAUAUCUGGUUUGGUUCCAGCGGCUGCCUCCUUCCCGGUAUUGAGGCCCGGCUUAUUACCCCGGAUGGCAAGGAUAUCACAGAAUACGACACCCCCGGAGAGCUUUUAGUUCGGUCGCCCAGCGUGGUCUUGGGGUAUUUGAACAAUGAGAAAGCCACCAAGGAGAGCUUCAUAGACGGAUGGCUGCGUACCGGCGAUGAGGCAAUGAUCCGAUUGAGUCCGAAUAAAACCGAGCACGUAUGGAUCGUCGACAGAAUCAAGGAGCUCAUCAAGGUCAAGGGUCUGCAAGUUGCCCCCGCUGAACUUGAAGCACAUCUGCUUGAUCACCCGUUCGUGGCGGACUGCACGGUCAUCGCAGUCCCAGACGAAACCGCCGGCGAAGUUCCCAAGGCGUUCGUGGUGAAAUCGCCAGCUGCUGGUCCCGACGACGCGGCGACUGUUCGGGCCAUUCUGAAGCAUGUGGAGGAUCACAAAGCUCGCCAUAAGUGGCUCAAGGGCGGCGUUGAGUUCGUCGACGCCAUCCCCAAGAGCCCCAGCGGGAAGAUCUUGCGGCGGCUGCUCCGGGACAAGGAGAAGGACAAGAGGCGGAAGGCCGGUGUCAAGUUGUAG